AUGCAAGCCACAGGGGCAUCGGGUGCGCAGUUGCCGUCUCGACGACACGGCCAUGCCUGUUUAUCGCCGUCAGUCGAUUACGCUGCAUCUCCACUCGCUAUCGUCACCGUCACGACGUUCGAUGACAUAGAUAUCCCGCAGACGAUUUCCUACCACAGGUGUAGUAACGGCCCGAACGACCAGUAUGCGCUCCAAAUGUUGCUCCCGGAUGGGCUCUACCUUUGGUCUCGGUUCUAG